AUGCCUCAGGAAAACACGCUCAACGAGAAACACGUGGUAGCAAUCACAAGCAUCCUCAGCUCGGGCACCCACGGCCAGACUCAGGAUCACGAGGUAGAUCUUCAAGCCCUUACCUCGCAGGAUAUUGCUCUUGAGGAUGUGGCUGAUGGGCUUUCCUCUGCUCAGAAAUUCUAUGUCUUGAAGCGUCUCAAUCUUGACCACUUGGAGUCGCUUGACGACUUGCCCGUCACGGCGACCUUCAUGUUGGAGAAGAUUUCCCACUUUCCUGUGGAGGAGUCGUUGCAAAUUUUGAAUAAUUACUUGACAGAGCACGAGGACGAUGUAAACAUUCCCACCAGCGAAUACGACUUCAUCAAGCAGCUCUACGACGACGCUCCUCGGCACCUUUCCCUUGGGGACGUGAAGGAUGGCUCCUCCCUGGUGGAGGAGAAGAAGGUUAGUAUUGAUGAGAAGGGUCCCCAGACCUAUACCGUCCAGAAGGGCUCAGAUACCGAGUCCAACGAGUUGGAGAUCCACGACUGGGAAUUCCAGCUUCGUACCGAAGCGGCUAUGAUUGCCUAUUUCUCUCCUUACCCAGAGGUGAGAUCUGUCACCAACCCUUACGAUGAUCCUAGUAUUCCCGUGGAGACCCUCAGAGUUUACCUUCUUGGUAUCCUCUGGACCGGUGUGGGCUCUUUCGUGAACCAGUUUUUUGCCGAGAGGCAGCCCGGUAUUUCUUUGAGUCCUGCAGUGGUGCAGCUUUUGCUUUACCCCUCGGGUGUCUUGUUGGCUACUAUUCUCCCUAAGAAGACAAUCAGACUCUGGAGAUGGUCCAUUGACUUGAACCCUGGUCCUUGGAACUACAAGGAGCAAAUGUUGGCCACUAUCUUCUACUCGGUGUCUGCUGGUACACCUUACGUUUCAUCCAACAUCCACGUGCAAAAGCUUCCUCGUUACUACAACAACCAGUGGGUCGAUUGGGGCUACCAGAUUUUGCUCAUUCUCUCGACAAACUUCAUGGGUUUUGGUUUCGCCGGUAUCAUCAGAAAAUUCGCUGUGUACCCUGUGAGAGCAUUGUGGCCUACACUUUUACCCACACUUGCCUUGAACAGAGCCUUGUUGCAGAAGGAUAAGAAGGAGAGCAUCAAUGGAUGGAAGAUCUCGAGAUACAACUUUUUCUUCCUUUUCUUCAGCAUCUCGUUUCUUUACUUCUGGAUCCCAAACUACCUUUUUGAAGCAUUGUCCUACUUCAACUGGCUCACUUGGAUCGCCCCUAAUAAUUUCGAGUUGAGUUUGGUGACGGGUUCGCUUUACGGUUUGGGACUCAACCCACUUCCAACAUUCGACUGGAACGUUAUCAACUAUAACAGUGCUUUGAUCAUCCCAUUCUACUCUCAGAUCAACCAGUACAUUGGUUCGUUCAUCGGUUUUAUCUGCAUUAUUGGACUCUACUACUCCAACUACUACUGGUCGGCCUAUCUCCCAAUCAAUACCUCCACUUUAUUUAACAACAAAGGUGAGAGAUACCAAGUCCAGGAAGUCGUCAACGAGAGAUCUUUAUUUGACAAUGAAAAGUACCAAGAAAUUGGACCACCAUUCUACUCAGCUGCCAACUUGCUCGUUUACGGCAGUUUCUUUGCCAUCUACCCUUUUGCAUUCAUCUAUGAAGUUUUCUGGAACUGGAGACCCAUGUGGUUUGCCUUGAAGCAUUUGGGUGGCUCAUUCAAAAACUUCAGAAAGUCCACCUUCGAAGGCUUUGAUGACCCACACAGCACGAUGAUGAAGCAAUAUAAGGAAGUUGCCGACUGGGCUUUCGUUGUCAUUUUGAUCAUCGCCGUUGUAUUGGCAAUUGUCUGUGUUCAAGUGUAUCCUGCUGAGACCCCAGUCUGGGGUAUUUUUUUUGCACUUGGAAUAAACUUCAUCUUCUUGAUUCCCCUCACUGCCAUCCAAGCCACCACUGGUUGGGGUUUUGGUCUUAAUGUGUUGGUGGAAUUGAUUGUCGGUUAUGCCUUGCCAGGUAACGGUCUCGCAUUGAACUUCAUCAAGGCGUUGGGUUACAACAUCAACGGUCAGGCACAAAACUAUAUCACCGAUCAAAAAAUGGGUCACUAUGUCAAGAUCCCACCAAGAGCUCUUUUCCGCUGUCAGGUGCUUUCUGUCUUCAUUGCCUCCUUCAUUUCUUUGGCUGUGAUGAACUUUAUGAUUGACAAUGUCGAGGACUACUGUACGCCUCAAAGUUCCCAGAAGUUUCUUUGCCCAAGCUCAAACGUCUUUUUCUCCGCUUCAGUCUUGUGGGGUACAAUCGGUCCCAAGAAGGUCUUUGGUGGCCUUUACCCAUUGUUAGAGUGGUGCUUCUUGAUCGGUGCCCUUGCUCCAAUUCCUUGCAUCCUUUUCAAAAAAUACGGACCAAAGAAGAUCACCAAAUACUUCCAGCCAACGUUGAUCAUCGGAGGUUUCUUGAUCUAUGCCCCUUACAACUUGAGUUAUUUCACCACAGGUGUGUACUUCUCCUUCAUCUUCAUGUACUAUAUCAGAAAGCAUUACCAGGCCUGGUGGGAGAAGUACAACUUCGUCUUGUCUGGAGCCAUGGACGCAGGUGUUGCCUUCAGCAGUAUCAUUAUUUUCUUUGCUGUCCAGUAUCAUGACAAGCCUAUUGACUGGUGGGGCAACUCUGUUUCCUACUAA